AUGCUGCUCCACCAGACGUCCUUGACCUCGACCACCUUCAACUCGCACUUGUGCCAGUGCCAGUGGCGCCACCGCUUCCACCACCUGCUGGGCCUCAAGCGGGCAGGCUACGAGCUCAGCGCCUUGGAGGGGGCGCCCAACGUGUUCCGGGAUCGCGUCGAGGGCCGAUGGUUCGUUGCCCUCUCGACGACGUGCGAAUGGGUGAAGUUGGAGCAGACCCAUUAUCUCAGCACCUUCGGCGUCGAGUUUGGGUUGGACGGCGCCCCCGCGAAUAUAUUCGAGGUGUUGCCCGAGAGCGUCGACGGUGAUGGGCGCGCCUGGGAAGUCAACCGUGCGCUUGGAUUCACUUCGCUCGAGUACACGACCAAGGCAACCAAUGCGAAAGUAUUGAUGUGCAAGGAAGCCAACGAUUAUUUCGGGGUAUACUCAUUAUCAGAAGCCGUGCCGCGCCACACCUCCCACGUCGUUCGGAUGAAGACAGGUGCCGGAGGUGCACUAAUCACACUGAUUGUCUUUCGGUUUGGAGUUAAACGGAAGUUCGCAAUCUCUUAUUUCGUAGUGAAGGACGUGUUCAAUAUUCUGGACUUGGGUCGAACUACUGCCAGCGGCAGUGUCUGGGCAGCGAGGUGCCGGCCUUCGUGGGAAAAGUAUUUGAAGAAGCUCGGCAUCACGAGCGUCGAGAAGUUCGCGCAGGCUGAGCCCGACGGGAAGAACCAUGGGGACGACCCUACGAGAGUAUUGAAGUGGCCGUCUGUCUCGACUGAGGCCUUGUUUGCGAUGUGUUGCCGCUGGGCAUUCUGUUCGCAGCAGCAGGGUGGCUUCUCGCAGGAGAAGGACCAGGCCUCUGCCAAGCUGGUGAUCGAGACAGUGCUGAAGAUAGCGGCGCGCCCGUUCUACGUGAAGAUUGACGACUGCCUCGACUCGAGCAUCUUCCAGAAGAGCCGCAUGAAGGCCGACGGCGUCGAGGCGGUCCGCUUCUGCACGUAUUUGGAGAAGGAGGAUAUUAACGGCCAGGACACCCACAUCGUGAAGUUCUUGGGGGCCAUCGCGCCGUCGGUCCAUUGUAUGAGCACGUGCCCCCAGAUCUGCUGGAGUGUAGGCGAGUACGUCGAGGAUGCCGUCAGUAAGAGCCUGGACCACGAAGAGCGGUUCGAAGACUUCGACGCCUCGAGCCCCGACGACUGCAAUACCUCGGAAGCUCAAGUCGGCCAUGAGAAUGCAUUGCAUUUGCUCGGUUGGAAAGCCCGCGUAGAUCAAUGCGGGGUGCAGUUCUUGAGCGUCGCCACCGACAAGUCUCGCGCGAGGGGCAUGGGGCUGCAGAACGCCGCCAUCGCGACCCCAGAUGGGGUCGCCUGGUGGGCCCCCACGCAGGACAUCGCCGGCUUCACAGGCCACAGCACCAUGGCGAGCGUCCUGUCGGACGCCAGCGGCGAUGCGGCGCCCGCCCAGAGGGAUCGGCAGCGCGCGCGUUUGAAGAGGAAGCUAGACGAGUCCGCCACGUUCAAGCCGAAGAAAGUUCACCGGAAGUCCGCCUUCCAGUGGCUCGCUGCUCUCGACAACCAGGUCAAGUCCUUCGGCGUUGACGGCGGCCCGCGGUCGCACAGCCAGCCAGAGGACCUCUCCAUGCGCGAGCCAGCGCUGAAGUGGCCUAGGAUCUCGGCCGCCUGCGACCUCGGAUCGGGCGGAGUGAGCGCCCUGAGCUUCUGGAUUCACCAGUUGCGAGGCUGCGUCGACGUGAUCCCUGACCCCUCGCACGGGGUUCGCGACGACAUGCGCAACAGACUCAAGUUCGCUGGGUUGUUCGACCACUUGCUGUCCGACGUCGUCCGCAUCAACUUCGCGAACGGGCCCUGGUCGGAAGACACCCGCUUCAAGCGCAUGCAGCAAUGCCUCCAGGACGCGUUCGAGACCGGCCCCCCUGGCAAGAACGUGCUGUUCCAGGACAUGGUGAACGACAUGUUGGCGGACUCGUCGGCGAAGGACAUCCGUGGUAAUGAGGACUGCCGUCAGCUACUAUGGAACGCCAUUCCAGAGAGCAACCCCUUGGCAAAACGUGGAGGCAAAGCGAUCAUGGGCAGGUUCCUGGAAAUCAUUCGCCGCAUCAGGAAGGAGCUUAACGGUUACAAUGCCAAGAGGUUCUGCGUCCUCACCGCGCGCCUCGAGCUCGACCUGCUGAGCAGCAAGGCGGCCUUGAAGAGACUGGACGCGCCUGCCGACGAGAAGACGACCAACGUUAAGAAGAACACGGACAAAGUCGAGCUGGACUUCGCUAGGGCUCGCCUCAACCAGAUGGCCAUCGCUGGCAUCAGCAUGCUCGACCCGCCGCGCAAGCGCAAGGACCGCAUCAUAUGCCAGGGCACCCCGCAUUGGGACAAGUGGCACAGCAAGCAGAACGCUGAGCUGAGGUCUUGCUUCGCUUCUGCGGACUGGAUCGUGAGUGAGCUCCGCUCAAACUUCAUCGAUGCCAUGUUUGCGGGGCCGACCUUUGCAAUGAGCGAGUGA